AUGAACAAAGAAUGCAGUGCCCUCAUCAAGAAGGACAUAGUCUCUAAGAAAACAGACCCAGGAAGUUUCCAUAUCCCUUGCAUCAUAGGGGAAACAAAAAUUGACAGAGGAUUCUGUGAUUUAGGAGCUAGCAUAAAUGUGAUGCCUCUUACUCUUAUGAAGAGGCUACAACUGAAUGAGGUGAGAUUCACUGAUGCAAUCAUACAACUGGCUGACAAAACUCAAAAGCAAGCUGAAGGGGUAGUUGAGAAUGUGCUGGUGAAAGUGGGAAAUUAUUUCCUUCCCACAGACUUUGUCAUUUUGGACAUGGAGGAAAGCUACAUACAUCCUAUCAUUUUAGGAAGGCCAUUUCUAGCCACUGCUAGAGCACUCAUAGAUAUAGAACAAGGAGAGCUAAUUUUGAGAGUACAUGAUGAACAGCUCAAAUUCCAUGUUUUCAAACCUGCAUCCGAGCCUGAACCAGAAUCUGAAAAGCCUAAGGAUGAUAGUAGCCAUCUGUGUUUGGAGGAAAGCAAUCCAGCAGCUGAAACUCUGAAAUAG